AUAACUUCCUCUCUCCAAGACCUCAGUUUUUGCACAACCCCGUCCUUGAAAUAAGAGCCCUUCAAGCAACCUGGAAAACGUCUGGUCAGCAAAAAACUCCUGUUUUUUUCCAAAGGAUCUGUCUCAGGAAUUUAAAACACAUUUAAGACACACUCACACCACAUCAGGAGGGGGGAAAAAGUCCCUUCCCCUCCCCUUCUUGCAGAAAGAAUGGAAGAAAGUUCCAGUUCUCCUGUUUCCCCUGUGGAUAGCUUGGGGACUAGUGAAGAGGAGCUGGAAAGGCAGCCAAAGAGAUUUGGCAGGAAGAGGAGAUACAGUAAGAAAUCCAGCGAAGAUGGCAGCCCCAACCCAGGCAAGAGGGGGAAAAAGUCCAGUCCCAGCUCCCAAUCUUAUGAAGAACUCCAAAGCCAGAGGAUCUUGGCCAAUGUCAGAGAGAGGCAGAGAACUCAGUCCCUCAAUGAAGCCUUCGCAGCCCUGAGGAAAAUCAUCCCCACGUUGCCCUCUGACAAACUCAGUAAAAUCCAGACUCUCAAACUCGCAGCCAGGUACAUAGACUUCCUCUACCAGGUCCUACAGAGCGACGAGAUGGACAAUAAGAUGACAAGCUGCAGCUAUGUGGCCCAUGAGCGGCUUAGUUAUGCCUUUUCAGUGUGGAGGAUGGAAGGCGCUUGGUCCAUGUCUGCCUCCCACUAGCCAGCACCUGGGCAAAAGCAAAUACAACUGCUGAAGGGACUGCCCAGUGUCUGAGACUGAAGUGGAAUUGGGACAUAUCCAAGUUUGUAGCCUCUGAAACCUUAAUAACCUCAAGUAAACUGGUC